ACAGGGAAUAUGGUUUCACCGUAUGAGGACAAGAUUGGAGGUAACCCAAUAGGUCUCCUGCAGGAACUGUGCAUGUCGCGACGAUGGCCACCACCCACCUACUCGACCGAGCAUGAGGAGGGGUUACCCCACGAGCGCCAGUUUACCAUCGCCUGCCUUGUCUUUAAGUUCAAGGAAAUAGGUAUGGGAAAGUCCAAGAAACUAGCCAAGCGACAGGCUGCCAACAAAAUGUGGAACAAACUCAAGGAUAUUAGUGUGGAAACCAACAACAUCUCAUUCAAUCUGGAGGACGAUGAUGAGAUAACUCAGCGCGUUUCCCAGAUCAAUCACGAAUUUGGUGAACUGAAAGAGGCAAAAAUUCCGACCUUGACGACCCCACAUAGUCACAAGGUGUCUCAGUUUCACAAGAACCUCAAAUCUUCUUUUGGUGAAAAGCUUAAUGAGUUACAGACGGUUGUGCUGAAGAAUCAGGGCUUCAACUUUGUACAGUUCUUACAAGAAAUAGCUUCUGAGCAGCAGUUUGAGGUCACUUAUGUAGAUAUUGAAGAAAAGUCCAUGACAGGAAAGUAUCAGUGUCUGGUACAACUGUCCACCUUGCCUGUAGCGGUGUGUCACGGCUCUGGGAAUAGCUCUAAGGAAGCUCAGACGGCUGCAGCACACAACGCUCUUGAGUACUUGAAGAUAAUGACGAAGAAAUGAACAUCUCCCGGACCCGAACUGGAAGGAGACUGUUGGUAGCUGCCUCUUCUACAACCGUAUGGAGUCCGACAUAUGACUUAUCCCCUAGGCUCCAUACGGUUGCAGCGAGCGCAAAGAAUCCACAAGUCUCCUCUUCAUUCGGCUGGUACCAAACACUUUGACGACGUCCACUCGAUGGGCGUGUACAAUUAUUUUCCCUGAGAAUAGAUUUUCCUUUCUUGUUUGUGCUACCUCAUUAAGUGUUGCACUGAGCUUUUGCUUUUAGAUGUUUAUCGUGUCUGUUGUCGAGAUGACAAAAAAAAAUGUUCAUGUCUGUUUUCUAGACAACAACAAAAUUUGAAAUUGUCUAAAGGGAAAUGUAAUAUCGGGGUGGGACCAUCUUGGACAGUUAUUUCAACCUCUUUACUCGCAGAUUUUUAAUUUUAUUAAUUUUGCUGACGAUUUAAUCUUAAAUGUUAUUGUUUAUUGUUACCUGUCAAACGAAAAUUAAUUAUAAAGUUCUAUCUUUACAUUAAACAAGAUGUUAUUCAAGGUGUUUUUUUUUAUCUUGAAAUAUUUAAAUUAGAAAUUCAAAUUGUUUCUUCCAAAUUUAUGACAGUAUUUUUAUACUUACAUUCAAUUGUACUUUUAGAAUAAAAUGUCUUAUUUUUAACACUUGUUAAUGAGUUCAUAAUUGGCUUGUCAUUUUAUUUUAGAACACAUAUCAUUAUGUUUCAGAAAAUCGUGUUGGGAACGAACAUUGUGAUUUUUAUGUCAGGCUGUAGUAAUUUGUAAUGUUUCCAUAACAUUUUUGUUAUAUUUCUGCAUGAUAAUUACAACCUAACUCAAUUCUGCAGCUAAUUAUUCAGUUGUUAAUUGUGUUAAGACAUUUGUGGAAAUUAACGAUGAAUUGACACUUUUGAAUGCUGCACCUGUAAUCCAUGGCUCUUUUUAGAAUAAUGAUUGUUUUUAAUAAUUUCAAACAAAUAAUUGCUUGCAUUCAGUAUAUGGUAUAAAUGUUUUAAUGAAAUGACUCGAUUCUUCUUACUUUGUUCUUUCUUGGAAAACAAUUUUUUUGAACAAUUAAGUUUAAAAUUUAUAAAUAUUGGGAACAUGUAAAUAAAACACAUUUAAAAAUGUUUCUUGUGUUCAGAAUAAUUGUCAAUACUUUUUAGCAAACAUUGAAUUAGAUUUUGUAUUGUUUUAUGUGUAAUAUAAUUUGAAACAUAAGUUUUUACACAAUGUAACUUACAAUAUUAGCAUUUGCUGCUUUCUCUCAUUGAAUCAUUUUAGUAACAUGGUUAGUUAAAUCUUAAACAACUGAUUCUGUCAAAUUACGUAAUCUGCAUUUAACACAUCUUCAUCAACACUUGUCUUUUUCCUCCUUGCCAAGAUUUUUAAUUUGGUCAAACUAUUUGUAGAUUUUCAUCCAGUAAGUACAUGGAAGAUUUGUUGUGGUAUGUAUGUAAGAAAAACAAUAUUUUAGUUCAGUUUUAAAUCACAAGUUUUAUAAAAUCUAAAAUUGAGGUGAUGGAAAAUAAAUUUUAGGUUUUAAUCGAUUUAGAUUUGUACUCAUCAUCAAACUUUUUUAAAAUAAGUAUUAUUUAAACAUUAAAAAUAUAAAUAAGUCUUGUUGGAAAAUCGCAGCACUGUGAGUUAAAAAAGGUUGAAUUUUCUUUCCAAGGUGGUCCAAAUUUCCAGAGCAAGGCUGUUUAUCUACAAGCUAUACUUUGCAUAGAACUAGUGGGAUUUUCCCCUUCUCACAUUUGGAGGGACACUACCAGAAAAUUGCAAAAAAGGAGAGAAGUUCUGUUUUUUGUUCACUGUGUCAUCUUUUUUUGUGUUUUGUAUUUUUUGUAGUUUUCCUCUGGUGAGUGCUGGUUUUAUGGACCGACUACUUUUGGAAAAUGGGCAUUAUUUUAAUGCAAAGUAUAGAGGUUGUAAUAUUUGAUCUAGUUGUAGUUAUAAGUUUAGUUCCUUAGCUAUAGAUGUAUGUACUUUAUCUUUGACGUAUUUUAAAGAUUCAAUAGUAUAAAGAAAGCAUAAUCACAACUGAUAUUGUUAAAUAUGUUCUCAUUUCUUAAAAGUUGAUUUAAAAUUGUGAUGCCUGUAUGAACUUUGUUAAUUUUGUUGCUGAAGAGUUGAGCUAUUUAAUUUUCAAGUGUUUAAAUUUGUGUUGUUAGAACGAAAGAGUUAAUUAUUUUCUUUUCAUGUAGAUAUGGUUUAAAAUAGAAUAAGUAUAAUUUGUCAAUCAAUUUAAUCUGUAACCACCUCAUUGUCAAAUUAAUUCAGAAUUCCAUCUGUAUCAACUUUUGAGAAGUUAUGUGCUAGUAAAAACAUAGAACAGA